AGUAACUGACCUACAUAGGUAUAUUUCGUACACGCUUUCGAACUUAUUUUUAGUAGCGUAUACCUAUUUGUACCGUUAAGUCGUCUAGUUUUCAGCAGUUAUUGUAUUUAAAAAAAGAUUGUAGUAAAUCAAAAUUUUAACACCUAAUAUGGACUUUAAUGAGUUUCGUGAUUUUGGUAAUAGUGCAAUAGAGCUGGUGAUACGCUAUUUACGAGAUAUUCGAAAACGCGAUGUACUGCCAUCGGUCGAGCCUUUUUCAAUAAUUCACGCAUUACCCGAUGAAAUGCCAGAGCAAGCUGAAAAUUGGCAGAGUGUUUUGAAUGACGUUGAAAAUAUUUUAAUGCCAGCUUUGACACAUUGGCAGUCGCCACAUUUUCAUGCUUUCUAUCCAUCAGGCUCAUCUAUGGGAUCUAUUGUCGGAGAGUUACUCAUAGCUGGCCUUGGCGUCCUGGGUUUAAAUUGGGAUUGCAGUCCAGCCUGCGUUGAACUUGAAGUGGUCGUUUUGGAUUGGCUUGCCAAAUUCCUUAGAUUACCUCUGCAUUUUCAACACUCUGCGGAAGGUCCUGGCGGUGGUGUAAUUCAGAGUUCAGCAAGUGAAGCGAUUUUAGUUGCUGUUAUAUCUGCGCGUGAGCAAAUGGUGCGACGCAUGGCAAAACACUUGGAAAUGAGCGAAAGUAUGAUAAGAAGAAAAUUGAUUGCAUAUUCAAGUGACCAGAGCAAUAGUUGUAUAGAAAAGGCAUGUAAAUUAGCAUGUUUACCAAUCAAAUUGCUCACAACUUCAGAUGAUUAUGUAUUGUGCGCACAAGAGUUAGAAGCAGCAAUAAAAGAAGAUCUAUCCCGAGGACUAAUACCCACUAUGUGUAUAGCUACGCUUGGUACAACUGGCACCUGCGCUUAUGAUGACAUCAAAGCACUAGCAAAAAUCUGCCAGCGUUAUCAAAUUUGGCUGCAUGUAGAUGCGGCAUAUGCAGGUGCUGCUUUGGCAUUGGAUGAAUACGUACAAUUGCAUGACGGCUUGCUCGAUAUUGAUUCCUUGAAUAUAAAUCUGCACAAAUUACUAAUGGUCAAUUACGAUGGUGCGGUAAUGUGGCUGAAAGAUGCCAGGAAACUUGUGGAAACUCUUCAAGUGAACCGCAUCUAUUUGGAAAACAAUGAAAAAACGAAUAAACACGACUUGCCUGACUUCCGCAAUUGGCAAAUAUCGUUAGGCAGACGUUUUCGGGCACUUAAAGUCUGGAUCGCUUUCCGUACAGUGGGUGCUGAAGGUUUACGAAGCAAUCUACGCAAGCAUAUGAAACUAUCGACGCGUUUCGAAAAAUAUAUUUUAGCUGAUAAUCGCUUUGAAUUGGUGGCCAAAUGCACACUUGGCAUUGUUUGCUUCAGAGUUAGAGGUGAAAACAAAUUGACAACACGAUUAUUGCAAAGACUAUUGGACAGGAAAAGAAUAUAUAUGGUGCAAUCAAUACAUGGCGCAAAGAUCUUCCUCCGUUUUGUUAUAUGUGGAAUGGAUACUAAAGAUAGAGACGUGGAUUUUGCCUGGACUGAAAUUCAAAAUGAACUGAGUGAAAUGCGCGUGACACAGGAAACAUUUAAAAUACCAGAUGGCAUUGCCAAAUGCGAAAGUGCUAUAAAUGCAAUUUGUUUGGAAGCCUUAGGGAAACGGAAGUCUUUAAAUUUGGGUGAUAUGUAUUUAUGCAAUUCAUCUGAGAAAUAUAAGUAGGAUUUAAUUGAAACAAAUAUAUAUAUUGUAUAUACCAUAUUGUAAAAAGUUCUAUUUUUACUGAAAAUUUCAAAUAUAAUGUCUUUUCAGUUAGCAAUUCAAUUUUACAAUCGAUUAUAGUUGUGUAGAUGAUGAAAUAAUAUUAUAUGUGGUUAAUUUGGAAAUUAAUUUUAAAUAUUUUUUAUAUUAUAUAUUAAUAUGUAUUAUUUAUUUAUCAUCCUUUGUUGUUGAUAUAGCAUACUUUUGUAAAAAAUAUAAUCAAUUUUUUCGACGUGACUGUUUCCCUCCUCAUAGAUAAGGGUGGCAGCACCAUUUUGCCCAGCUGAUAUAUUUGCCAAAUACCCUAAAAUGCUAAGAAAAUGAACAUGUGGCAAUAUCAGCAAAUCAUAACAAAAUAUAAGAAAAUAUUUCGGUCACAAUUUCCAGUCAAAUAUUUUAGUGAAAAUAAAUUUCCGUUUAAAACUACAAGAAAAUAGUUUUCUUUAAUAAUAAGUUUAAAAUUUUAAUUUGCGGCAAAUAAAGGAAGAGCAAUGAGAUACAUUCGUUGUGUUGGGCGAAAAUUACAUGGUACAAACCUAGUUAAUAACUCGUUUAAAACCAUAUAUCCAACAAACAUUUUGAAUAAACCCAGGAAUGAGGUAGCCGUAGUCGUUAUUGGCGCAGGACUUGCUGGUCUGUCGGCUGCAAAUCAUUUAAUUAAAAAUGGUUUCAAACAAACAAUAGUAUUAGAGGCUACUGAUCGAUAUGGUGGACGUAUAAUAUCCAAGCAAUUCGGUGAUGCAUAUUGCGAGUUGGGCGCGAAAUUUGUGCCCAUAAAUGCAAAAGAUGAUACGGUCUACAACAUACUACAAAGUAUGCGAGGACUACCGAAAAAAGUAAUACCAAACAAAGACAAAAUGUAUGUAAAUGCCUUUGGAGAAAAAGUUGAUCGGAAACUACCCGAGUUAAUAGAUAGACUCUACAAGCGGCUUUGUUCACAUAUACAGUUGGAUGAAAAAUACAGAACUGGCGCUAUGGAUGACUUAAAUAAUUUACACACAUAUUUUCAAGCUGAAAAAUCAAGAUUAUUAACAUCCGUUUUCAAUGGAGACGAACGAAAAACUGCAAAUGAAAUAUUCAAUUCACUGAUCAAAGAGUUUGGCAGCUUGUUAGGUUGCUCGCUGGAAUAUGUUAAUAUUGAACAUAUAACAAAGUUGAAAAAUGGUGUAAAUUUUGCCAACUACAUUUACAUACCAACUGGCUUAGACAACAUUUUAAGCGUUUUAACAAAAAAUCUCUGCAAUACGCAGUUGAGAAUUGGCAAGCCGGUUGGUGAAAUCAAUUGGUAUAUACCGCCAGAAAUUGGUGAAAAACGUGUUGCGUGCUUAGAUGGUGACGUUUUUCGCGCAGAUCACAUAAUUUGUACGGUGCCAUUGGGUGUACUUAAAAUAUUUUCGGAAAAUAUGUUCAGACCGUCUUUACCAAGCAACAAAAUAAAUUCCAUAAAAAAACUUGGUUUUGGAAGUCCAGUAAAAAUUUAUUUUGAAUACGAAGGAAAUAUAGACAGCUGGCUGAAGAAUAGUUUGAGGCCAUUAUGGCACACUGGCGCUCCUAACUCAGAUAUGGCAUGGACGAAACAAGUAGUCGAAAUAUCGAAAUUACCCAAAAGUAAUAGAGUGGUUGAAGUAGUUAUUGGCGGUGAAUUUUACGAAAAAAUUGAGAAAUUACCAGAUCUGGAAAUGCUAACCGAAGUAACAAAUCUACUGCGUACAUUGUUGAAAAAUCAAAAUAUUCCUUAUCCUAGUACGAUGUUGCGUUCUAAUUGGAGUUCACUGGCAUGCUAUUUAGGUGGACGCCCUUACUUUUCUACGGGCAGCACAAUAAAUGACGUUUUAACACUUGCCGAACCGCUGGGACCCAUGUCAAGUCUACUGUUUGCUGGCGAUGCAACCAUAGUAGAAGGAUUUGGCACAGUAGAUGGUGCGCACAAGAGUGGCAUUAGAGAGGCGCAACGCAUAAUCGAUCACUACAACAAACACGCGGCUGUUUAAUUCAUAAAGCCGAAGAAAUGAAAUGACAAAUCUUACUUAUUAGCAUAUAACACACAACAUCAAUGCAAAACUGUUAAAAGCAUUAAGUAAAUAGUAUUUGGCUAUAAUAUCAACAACAAUAAUAUAUUUAAGCAUUUAUGUACUAAUGGAAUAUAUAUGGUAGAGAGAAUGUUAGCAGGCAUUCGUUUUCAUUGAACCAAUUGAAGUACAACUUCAGGUUCGUUCCCUAAAUAAGUCAUUUUCUUUCUUUUAGUUUUAAGUCUUCAUUAUUAAUACAAAUGGUUUUCUCUUUUUUUAUUCCUUGCAGAUGUCAUUAGCAGCUUCACUAACUUCAUGCCAAGAAUAUUCCAUGUCCUCUGGCUUGGUAAAUCUGGAGCAAACCGCCAUACGUAAAAAGUAUACAUCAUUUAUUUUACUUGGCACCAUAUGUAUGUUACCGCGUCCGUUAAUAAGUUUUAAUAGUUUCUCACUCUUAUCAUUAGCACCCUUUAAACGGAAACAAACCAAACCCAUAUUUACAUCGCCAACAAUUUCAAAACGAUUAUCGGCUCUGCAGAGAUCAGCAAACUGUGUAGCGUAGCCACAGUGACGACGUAUGUGUGCCUGUAGAUUUUGCACGCCAUACAAGCGUAGUACAAACCACAAUUUCAAAGCACGGAAACGACGACCUAAUGGAAUUUGCCAGUGUCGGUAGUCGGGUACUGAACCCUGCAUGUCGUGCUUCAAAUACAACGGGUCCACAUUGAAAGCAUUCACCACCCAACUGGGAUCUUUGAGCCACAUAGCACUGCAAUCGAAAUUCACCAACAUCCAUUUGUGUGGAUUAAAAUUAAACGAGUCUGCCGUUUCGAUGCCUUUCAUUAGAUGACGGUAUUCGGGGCAAAUAAAAGAGGCACCCGCAUAAGCAGCAUCCACAUGUAUCCAAACGCCGUACUUGUUGCCAACAGGACCACAUUCGUCCAAGUAAUCGAAAGCACAUGAAUUUGUAGUGCCCAACGUGACAACGGCCUACAAAUAGCAAUAAAAAAUAUAGUAGAAAUAUAUUUGAAAAUAUUAGAGCGGAGAUAUUCUUAUAAAAAGUAGGCGUAUAUAUCCAUAUGUUAUAUGAACAUAAAUUUGCCCAAAAAAAGUAAAAAUAUACACAAUUAUCAUAACACAAAAACAAUUAGGCGAUAUAUUCGUAAGUGUCGAAAUCUAAUGCUGUAUUAAGAAAUUCAAAAUUAUUUAUUUCAAACAUUUUGUACAACAAUACGCUUUGCAACUGUAAUUUAAUAAGCUCUCUCUAAGCUACUUCAACUUUUCUGUAUUGAAAAAAAAUUAUUGUAAAACACGUUUUCUAGUCGGUAACACUAAAAUUUUAGUUACCCAGAAUAAAAUAUAUGAAAAUGGAAAAAAAGAAUAGCUUAUGUCAAAAAAUAUAAAUUGAAAAAAGUAACAAAUUUACCUACUCGAAUAUACAACUAACUUCAUUAAAUAUAAUAAAAAUUAUAUUUUUGAACUCCAUAA